CGGCUACUGAGUGCAUGUAACUCUGGCAAACCAGUAAAUGAAUUUAUGAAAGAAUGUUAUAUGAGAGAUGUGAUUUAUGGAGUUGCAAAUGCUUGGCAGUCAGUAGAAUCAUCAACAUUGAAAAACGGAUGGCAUUUGUGGCCAGCUUUAUUGUUCAGUUCUGCACCUGGUGAGGAAAUUGGAAAUGAAUUUACGGGAUUUAGGGUUUCAAGUCAAAAUCAGAUUGUACGUGAACUGCUUUCUUAUGCUCAAGAUCUCGGUAAUCCUACUGCGAAGGAAGCUGCAUCGAGGCUGGAUGCAGAUAACAUUAACGAGUGGAUGGGUGUUGAUGAUGAUGAAUCAACUGUUCAUCAUUAUACUGACGUUGAAAUUGUUCAGAUGGUUGUAAAUCCA